CCCGGCCAGGGGCCGGUCAUGGAGCGGGCCAAGAUGGCGGAGCCGGAGAGCCUGGAGACGGCGGCGGAGCACGAGCGGAUCCUCCGCGAGAUCGAGAGCACCGACACCGCCUGCAUCGGGCCCACGCUGAGGUCCGUGUACGACGGCGAAGAGCACGGCCGGUUCAUGGAGAAACUGGACUCCCGCAUCCGCAACCACGACCGGGAGAUCGAGAAGAUGUGCAACUUCCACUACCAGGGCUUCGUGGACUCCAUCACCGAGCUCCUGAAAGUCAGAGGAGAAGCCCAGAAGCUCAAGAAUCAAGUGACGGACACCAACCGGAAACUGCAACACAAAGGGAAGGAGCUGGUCGUAGCGAUGGAGGAACUGAAGCAGUGUCGACUGCAGCAGAGAAAUAUCUCCGCGACGGUGGAUAAAUUAACGCUGUGCCUUCCAGUGCUGGAGAUGUACAGCAAACUGAGGGAUCAGAUGAAGACCAAGAGGCAUUACCCGGCGUUGAAAACCCUGGAACACCUGGAGCACGUCUACCUGCCCCAGGUGAGCCACUACCGCUUCUGCAAGGUCAUGGCGGACAACAUCCCCAAACUGCGGGAGGAGAUCAAGGACGUGUCCAUGUCGGACCUCAAGGACUUCCUGGAGAGCAUCCGCAAACACUCGGACAAGAUCGGGGAGACCGCCAUGAAGCAGGCCCAGCAGCAGAGAAGCCCGGACGACACCGUCUCCCGGCACCCCCGAGCCGGGAGCCGCAGGAAGCCCAAGAAGGACGGCCACGCCGGGCCGGAUUCGGAGACGGAGAGCACGAGUCCCAGGUCCGAGCAGGACUCGGGCAUCCUGGACGUGGAGGACGACGAGGAGGAGGACGAAGAGGUUCCCGGAACUCAGGAUCUGGUGGACUUCUCUCCCGUGUACCGAUGCUUGCACAUAUACUCGGUGUUGGGAGCCCGAGAGACCUUCGAGAACUACUACCGGAAACAGAGACGAAAACAGGCCCGCCUGGUGCUUCAGCCCCCGUCCAACAUGCACGAGACCUUAGACGGCUACCGGAAAUAUUUCAAUCAAAUUGUAGGGUUUUUCGUGGUCGAGGAUCACGUCUUACACACGACCCAGGGCUUGGUCAACAGAGCCUACAUCGACGAGCUGUGGGAGAUGGCCCUGUCGAAGACGGUCGCGGCGCUGCGGACGCACUCCUCCUACUGCUCCGACCCGAACCUAGUGCUGGACUUGAAGAACCUCAUAGUGCUGUUCGCGGACACGCUGCAGGUGUACGGCUUCCCGGUGAACCAGCUCUUCGACAUGCUGCUGGAGAUCAGGGACCAGUACGGCGAGACUCUGCUGAAGAAGUGGGCGGGCGUCUUCAGAGGCAUCCUCGAUUCUGACAACUACAGCCCCAUCCCGGUGACGGACGAGGAGCUGUAUAAGAAGGUGGUGGGGCAGUUCCCCUUCCAGGACGACGAGCUGGAAAAGCAGCCGUUUCCAAAGAAGUUUCCUUUCUCCGAGUUUGUGCCUAAGGUUUACAAUCAAAUCAAAGAGUUUAUCUACGCCUGUCUCAAGUUCUCCGAGGAUCUGCACUUGAGCUCCACGGAGGUCGACGAUAUGAUCCGGAAGUCCACCAAUCUGCUGUUGACCCGGACCCUGAGCAACUCCCUGCAGAACGUCAUCAAGCGCAAGAACGUGGGUCUGACGGAGCUCGUCCAGAUCAUCAUCAACACCACCCACCUGGAGAAGUCCUGCAAGUUCCUCGAGGAGUUCAUCACCAACAUCACCAACGUGCUCCCCGAGACCGUUCACACCACCAAACUCUACGGCACCACCACUUUCAAGGACGCCCGCCACGCGGCCGAGGAGGAGAUCUACACCAACCUGAACCAGAAGAUCGACCAGUUCCUGCAGCUGGCCGACUACGACUGGAUGGCCGGCGAUUCGGGCAGCAAAGCCAGCGACUACCUGCUGGACCUCAUCGCCUUCCUGCGGAGCACCUUCGCCGUCUUCACGCACCUGCCCGGCAAAGUGGCUCAGACGGCUUGCAUGUCGGCCUGCAAGCACCUGUCCACCUCGCUGACGCAGCUCCUCCUGGAAGCGGAAGUGAGGCAGCUCACCCUGGGAGCCUUGCAGCAGUUCAACCUGGACGUCCGGGAAUGCGAACACUUUGCCAGAUCCGGCCCAGUGCCUGGAUUUCAGGAGGACACGCUGCAGUUAGCCUUCAUCGACUUGAGACAACUUCUGGACCUGUUCAUCCACUGGGACUGGUCAACCUACCUGGCCGACUACGGGCAACCCACCUGCAAGUACCUGCGUGUCAAUCCCACCACGGCCCUCACCUUGCUGGAAAAGAUAACCAGAGAGAUGAGAGACACCAGCCGCAAGAACAACGUCUUCGCGCAGUUCCGGAAGAACGAACGGGACAAGCAGAGGCUGAUCGACACGGUGGCCCGACAGCUCCGGGGCCUCAUCCACAGCCAACACCUGUGAGCGCCCUCGCCCGCCCUCGCCCGCCUGCCCACCCGCCGAACCCUGGAGCCAGCCUCCUCUCAAGAGAACUGAUGGAUUUGUUUGGUCUUUACUCUCCCGUGUACAGUAUUCCCGAAGCCUCUCCCAGCGAGGGGAGAGAGAGCGCGAGAGCGUGAGUGCGGCUACGUUAAUCACCACGUAAUGGGAUCUCACCGCACCGUUUGCUCUGGGCAGUUGAGGUGGCGUCAGCAUUGCCGGCUUCGGCUUUCCCUCGCAGAGGCCAGGGACGGGAUGGGCAACGCUGCCAUAUUGGGGGGGUUGCUUGGGCCGACAGGGAAGGCCAAGGGGAUCCCCUUCCUUCCCCCAGCCUGCCCUGACCACCGACCCCUGACCGUGGACGGGGCCCAGAGCUGUGAAGCGGGGCGGAGAGGUCGGGGGGCAGAGAGGUGAGAGGGUAGGGGAAUAGGGGGUGGGCUGGCCAGUGUCCCCAGAACCAAGCCCCAGCAGAUCCUCACACCAGACCUUCCUUCCAUGGGGCAGAUCAACUGAUCACCUGGGUCUCAGAUUCCCCGAUGUGACAUCUUGAAGGGUCCCCACCCUUCCUGCCUAGAGAGGACUGGGGGCGGGAGGGGGCAGAGGAGGCCCUCAAAAUUGGGACCCAGGGAAAACUCUGAACGAGGCUGGCGGGAAUCCGCCACUAAGGCCGGACCUCCCUCCAGAGACCCUGCGGCCGGGGGACGGAGCUAGGAAGGGGACCUGGUCCCCGAACCACAAACCCCUGGUAUCUUGGGGUCGCCCUUCCGUGUCCUCAUCCGCUCUUCCCCGCUCUGUGUCCCGGCGGGCGGCUAGCCGGCCUCCGAGUGUCCUCGCGGGGCCAGGGGCCGCCCUUCCUCUCCGAGGCCGGGUCGCCGUAUCGCCAGGUUGCGGUUUGGGCAGAGAUGAGAGCCGUGGAAGGGCGGCCCCGUGCCCGGUGAAGCUCCACUUGGAUCUGGUCGCACCACGGGCAGGCGCUGGGCAGAGGACCAGGGACCGCCGCCGUGCCCUCCCCGGAGCGGAACGUUGCUCCCGCUUCGCCGACCGGCCUGGCCCAGUGCCCCCUCCGAGCGGUGACUUCACCGCGUCCCACGCUCCCCCGCUGCAGAUUGCCAGCGGCGAUAGCGACACUCCUCCCCGGACUGCCCUUUCGUCUCUGCCGCAGUUCCGGGAUCUGCCGUGCCCGGCCGGGGGCUCGGGGCUCCCCGCGCCCCCGCUGGGCCGAGGCCCGCUCGGUUCCCGAGGCCCCGCCCGCUUCCAGCGGGGAGAUAAGCCCCCUCCGUCACGGCGCGGCCGCUCGAACCCUCAGCUCUGGCGAGGGGGAUGCCCGGCUUCCUCGGCCGUGGGAAUCCCCCUUCCCAUUUCCCAAGGCGACCCCAGCCCCCCGCUCGCAGCCAGAGAACAGACGAGCGGGCCGCCCCAGGCCCGGGGGGGGGUCUCACGGUCUCGGCCGUCCCGGGCCGGGGGCUUCGCGGGCCGGACCUCCCGCUGCCCGGACCGUUCCCCGGGCAGCCUGGGAGUCGGGCUCCCGCUCACCGGGAACAGCGGGCCGGCCGCCUCCGGCGAAGCCGUCGACACGAGUCACGGGCCGGGCCGGGGCCCGACGCCACAAGGCGCCCCGUGGUUCCCACGAAGACCGCCCAGCUCCCGUGGUCCCGGCGGGGGGCGCGGGCGAAGGGCGGCCGGCGGGGCGGGCGCCCCUCCGGCCCGGCCUUCACCCACGCGGCCCGGGGGCGUCGGGGGGCGAGCUGGGAGGCGGAGGAGCCGGAACCGGGCGACGGAGCCAGAGAUAGGGACAGGCACUUUAAAAGACUCCAGAAACAUGCUGCUGCAGCUGCUGGCCAGAGCCUAAUUGAGCAUCAGCAAGCAGUGACAAAGAAGCUGCACUGGCAGUUCCAGUUUUUAUUAGUGGGCGGACAGACUCUCAUUAAACACGAUUCCUAAUCGCUUUUGUCAGUCAGCCGCUCACUUGCUGCUGGGGAGGGUGGGGACACCCCUCCCCUGCUCCUCCUCCUCCUCCUCCCCCUCCCCCCCCCUCCUCCGGGCACCUCCCGACAACCAAGGGAGGAAGAGAAUACGCAAGGGCGCGCACACGUACAAGUCCCCCCUCCGCACAGGGAGGAGCCGGAGGUGUGAACUCCACCGGGGAGAAUGCGCCUGGUCCAGUCUGGCCUCCGCCGCCCGCCCGGUGACCCGAAAGCUCCACCCCGAGGGCCGCCCCAGGCCCGAGCCGCAGACGGGAGGGAAGAGAUAGGGACAGGCGCGGAAGCCUCCCGCGGCCCCGGCGGGAGAGGUACUCCGGAGCUGUGCCUCGAGGGAGGGUUUUCCGGCCGGAGGCGCGGAGCCACCCCCGACGGGCCCGGGAAGGAGGAGGCACCGCCGGGACGGACUGGGGACCGCCGGGGGCCGCCGUACCCGUGCCACUCCGUGGAGCAGGAGGGGACUCCUGCCCCGGGCGGGCACCUCUCCCACCAUCCCCGCCAGUGCCGGACGAGCCUUCCCGGACGCGGAGCGACCCAGAGCGCUCCCUCACACUCCCGGACCGCCGGCCCGACUUCCGAAACCACCUCCCCGGCACCGCCCCGUGGGCCGGCCUCCGUCGCGGGCAGAGACUCUGGCAGAGCCUGAACAGAGCACCCCCAGCUCAGCGGGUCCCGGGCCCGGGGGAGGGUCGGAGCGGCCCGACCGCACCGCUUCAUCCCUGACCGCAGUUCUCCGUCCCGUUCCACGUGUUCCCGGUGCGGCCCCUUCCCGCGGUUCUCCCGGGCAGCCGCAGCGGAGCCACGCGGGGCACGGCCGGAAUGCCCCUUCUCCUCCCCGCUCCCUCGUCUCCUCUCUCUCUCUCUCUUCCUCCCUGUCCUCUGGCCCGGGCGCCGCUGACCCCUUGUCCUCUCUGCGGCCGUGGCCAGGCCUGCCCGCGUCCAGGCCUGACCGCAACAGCUCCCGGAACCGCAUCCUAGGCCCGGGCGGAGCGGCAUCCCCGGACCCCUAAGUGGAGCGCCCCCAUCCCGCUCUCCUGUCUCCCCUCAGAUGUGGCCACACCCGGGGGCCGCCUCUUCCCCCGACCGCUGCUCUCCCAGGCCCCGGUUUUGUAUCCUGGGUGACUUUGUACCCGAGUGGGGGGGGUGGGGGUGGGGGGGAUCUGUUUUUUGCACAAAAGGGGGAACGUUUAGGAAAUUUAGGAUGAACGACUUUAAAGGGAACCUUCUUGUCUCUUUCUUGAAAACUCACUAGCCGAGCUGCUGGGGGAGAGCGGAGCUGCCCGGUCGGCGGUUCCAACCGCGUUCAAAAUAGCAUGUCGACUUCCCGCUGUACAUUUAUCCUCCUGUAACUCGUAUUAAACAAUUCCGCCCAUA